UGGCAACUCCGAUAGUGUCGAAGUACAUAUAGUCAAUUUUUUCUCACUUAUCACUUUUUAUUAUUAAAAAAUACUAAACAUAGUUCUGAACUACAGCAAUAAAUUAUUGUAUUUUAUUCCUAAUAUUUUUAUCAAAUAAUGGAACCAAAUCCUGUAAUUAUUGCUGCCACUGCGAAACAAACUGCAUCUCUUAUAUUUUUACAUGGUUUGGGUGAUACAGGACAUGGCUGGGCAAGCACAAUUGCUGCAAUCAGGGGUCCUCAUGUUAAGGUGAUCUGCCCUACAGCAGCCACUAUACCAGUUACACUUAAUGCUGGGUUCCGUAUGCCAUCAUGGUUUGAUUUAAGGACCCUAGAUGCCACAGCUCCGGAAGAUGAAGAAGGAAUUUUAAGAGCUACUAGUCUUGUACAUGGACUAAUUUCGGAUGAAGUCAAGGCUGGUAUACCGGCUAACAGAGUGCUGCUGGGUGGUUUCUCGCAGGGAGGAGCAUUAGCUCUUCAUGCUGCCUUGACUUACUCUCAACCUUUAGGAGGUGUCAUGUCACUAUCAUGUUGGUUGCCUAGACAUGCUCAUUUUCCUGAUGCAGUUAAAGCACCCUUGGAUUUACCGAUUUUCCAAGCGCAUGGAGACUGUGAUCCAGUAGUACCCUUCAAAUGGGGUCAGAUGACGGCAUCAUUCCUGAAAACAUUUAUGAAGAAUAUUGACUUCACUACGUAUCAAGGUUUAUCACACAGCUCAUCAGAGGCAGAAUUAAAAGAUAUGAAGGCAUUUAUAGAAAGAACAUUGCCUGCAGUAAAAUGAAAUUAUUUUAAAAGAUCCCAUUAAUAUAUUUACAAUUAUAUAGAAUAUACUUUCUUUAACCAUAGACUAUUUUAUGCACUUACUACACGCAAAUUAAAUUACAAAAACACUAAUGCCGAUUACAUAAUCCUGUUAUUUAUUCAAACUACUCAUAUAAGUAGUAUCUAAGUAAGUAGUAAGUAAGUACCUAUUUAUUUUCUUAGGUGUCUGUUACACGACGUUGUUAAAACUAAAAUGUAGAAACUGAUAAAGUACAUAAAUAAAGUAAUUAAACAUUUU